CACCAGUUUACAUGAAAAUUACAAAAAAAAAAGUCUAAAGAAAAAAUUCUUGUAAUAUUAAAAUAUAAGUUAUCGAGGAAAUAAAAAAAAAAUCAACGUACAUAUCUAAAUUCAAUAUGCCGAAGGCCAUUAAGGGAAAAGAAGUUUUGGAGGCGCUUGCCGAGUUUAAGGAGCCUGUGACCUUGGACGAAAUCGUGCGCUACGUAGCCGAAGUUAGUUCGCUGUCGGAAGAUAAAGUGAAGAAACUUGUCGAGGAGGUAUUGAAUGGUGGAGUGCGGUACGGGUUUGUGCAGAAGCACAAUGAAUUUUAUUAUCGRGUUUGCGACGCUGUUGAUGCUUUGGAUGAGAGCUCCGAAAUGGAUGAGGAUGAUGAAGUCGAUAGUGCGGAAAGCAUAGAGAGUAUUGACAGUGGAGAUGUACCCUCUGAGCCCAAAUCCAAAAAGRGCACAGAUUCAAGGGCGGCUAAUCCACACAUGCCAUCGCGAAAGGUUUCGAAAUCAAAAAAAUAUAAUAAAUGCGAAAAGGAUCGUAAAGAUAAAAACACMAGGGAUAUUCUCAGCGAUGAAGAAGAAGGAGAAGAAAACGUCUACGAAAAACACCGACAUAGAUGGUCCCAUAAGUGUAACAGCGACUGCAGCGGUUUCCACCGAAGACAGUCGGUUGACGACCAUGGAUAUUUACGGGCACGGAGUCGCUCGGCCUCACGCCGUCGAUAGAGCAGCGCUGUCCAGCAAGCGUUUGAGCGAAWUCGCGUUAAGUUAGUUUACCAUACUAAAAUUGUCUGUGAAUUGUAAAAUUUAUAGUAGAAAAUAAAAAAGAAAUGUGUCAYUUGAYUGAUUAAACGAA